AUGUGUCUCCCCAACCACCUCUCUCUCACAGAGGGACAUUGUUUGAUUGUGCCUCUCCAGCACUACACUGCUGCCACAUUAGUGGAUGAAGAUAUCUGGAAUGAAAUUCAGAUGUUCCGUAAAGCACUUGUUAAGAUGUUUGCUGAGAAAGGACUGGACUGUGUAUUUUUGGAAACGAAUAUAAACAUGAAGAGACGUUUCCACCUAGUAUAUGAAUGCAUCCCUCUUCCUAAGGAAACAGGAGACAUGGCACCAUUAUAUUUUAAGAAAGCAAUCAUGGAAUCUGAUGAAGAAUGGUCCAUGAAUAAGAAGCUGAUUGAUCUUUCAACAAAGGAUGUUCGUCGAUCAGUUCCUAAAGGUUUGCCAUAUUUUUCAGUGGAUUUUGGCCUACAAGGUGGAUUUGCGCAUGUUAUUGAAGAUCACAACAAGUUUCCACAUUACUUUGGAAAGGAGAUCAUUGGUGGUAUGCUGGACCUGGAGCCCAGAGUCUGGAGGAAAGCCAUUCGUGAAAAUUUUGAUGAUCAGAGGAAGAAGGUCUUGCAGUUUGCCCAGUGGUGGAAACCAUUUGAUGUUACUAAAGCUAAAGAAUAA